CCUCAGGCCAUCUCUGCAGCACAGUAUGGCCCCCUGUAAUGAACAAUGACUGACCUUGGAAGAUUGCAGAGGCCCAGAGAACAGAGCCUUAGACCCCUUUUCUAUGGUCUGGUUGCCCAUCUUCUCUUUCAGAGGUGACGACUUUCAAUAGCAAACCCAGGACUGACGAUCCUUCCCCGCCUUGCCCCCUCACCCUCAACACACCAGCUUGGACCACUCAUCGUCCUGGACACCAUGUAGUAGGGCUUCAACGGGUCGUGACGACUGAGUUGCAAUGGUUUUACACAAUUCCCCAUUUCCCUGCUGCUGUCUGUCCGUUCUGCAUCGCUUUUCUUGGGCUCUGAUCUGCCCAUUUUACUGGCUUGUGGACAGACUCGUAGCCUCCUGGAUACCAACGACCAAUGAAAAGUGCCAAAGGGGCUCUCUGUGCUGGGUCCUACGCUUCAUCUUCACCACACCCAUUUACUUGGCUCUCUGUACUUUGUCGAUACCCAGUGCCAUAUUAGGGUUUCUCUUGUGGAAUCCUCUCCAGCUAUGUAGGCGACCAUACAUCUAUUCUAGGCUGGAAGACAAGAGCCAGGCCAGUGGUACAAUACUUCUUAAUGAAUGGAAGGCCACGGGCCCUGGGAAAAGUUUCUGUUUUGGCACUGCCAAUGUCUGUCUACUCCCCGAAUGCAUGGCAAGAGUGAACAAUCUUUCCAACACACAAGACCGGGCCAAAGAAAUCGGGCAGAGAAUCCGAAAUGGAGCCAGUAGGCCCCAGAUCAAAAUAUACAUAGAUUCCCCAACAAACACCUCUAUCAGUGCCGCAAGCUUCAGCAGUCUGGCUUCGCCCCAGGGCAGCGAUGGUCCCAACAAAGCCGUCAAUGUGGGCAUCAAGAGAACAACAUCCAUGGAGUACAAGGGCGACAAUGGGAGUCCAAACAACAGCGAAGAGAACAGGAACCCCAAAACUGGUGGUGACUUUCAUGAUGUCGAAGACAAUGCCUGCAUCAUCCGGAUUGGUGGAGAGGAUGGCGGCCAGCUGUCUGACCCAGAAGCCGAUGGCACCGGUGACUGCCAGAUGGAAACAUCUCCAGAGAAUAAAUCAGAGGGCCAGAAGGGCCAGACAUCCAACCAUAAGGCGAAGGAUGGGGACUCUGGAAGCUUAGACAGCUACACGGCUUCUAGAGAGUCCCUGGUGAAGGUCCGGAUUGGGGAGAGCACCACGGACCAAAGUUCUGUUAACAACAAGUUGCUCCACAAGACUUCCAUGCUGAAGAAGACCUCUCUGCGAAAAAAGAAGCAUACGGACGAGGUCUUUGACCACGAGAUCUCUGCCUUCUUCCCUGCCAACUUGGACUUUCUGUGCUUACAGGAAGUGUUUGACAAAAGAGCAGCAGGGAAAUUGAAAGACCAGCUCCACCAAUAUUUUGAAUACAUUCUGUACGAUGUUGGGAUCUACGGCUGCUGCUGCCCCUGUAAGAUCCUGAAGAGCUGCUGCCCCUGCGAGAGUCUGAGCAGCUCCUGCCCCUGUAAGAUCCUCAACAGCGGCCUCCUUUUUGCCAGCCGCUACCCCAUUAUGGAUGCUGUCUAUCACUGUUACCCCAAUGGAAGAGGGACUGAUGCCUUUUCUUCAAAGGGAGCUUUGUUUGUUAAGGUACAAGUGGGAAGUACACCUCAGGACCAAAGAAUCGUGGGAUACAUUUCCUGCACCCACUUGCAAGCUGAAGGAGAAGACAGCACCAUUCGAUGUGAACAACUGAAUCAGCUUCAGGAUUGGCUGGCUGAUUUCCGAAAAUCUACCUCCUCCUCCAGCACAGCCAAUCCCGAGGAGCUAGUGGCAUUCGACGUGCUUUGCGGAGACUUCAACUUUGACAACUGCUCUGCUGAUGACAAGCUGGUACAACAACACUCCCUGUUUACACACUACAAGGACCCCUGCCGCCUUGGUCCAGGGGAGGAUAAGCCGUGGGCAAUCGGUACUUUUUUAAAACAAGAUCGCCUCCAUGACGAGGAGGUGUGCACCCCAGACAAUCUGCAAAAGGCCUUGGAAAGUGAAGAAGGGAGGAAGGAAUAUAUUGACUAUCCCACCAGCAAGAGUCAUCCCUCCAACCAGAAGAUCUUGGUGAAGGGUAAUGGUCGGAGAAUUGACUACAUGCUCUACUCAGAGGAGGGGCUCUACCUGGAGUGGAAAGUGGAGGUGGAGGAAUUCAGUUUUAUUACCCAGUUAGCAAGUCUGACUGACCACCUACCUGUGGCCAUGCGCUUGAUGGUCAACACUGGCGAGGAAGAGGUGUAG